CCCCCUACUCCUGGCGGACUGAGUUCCUUCGACCCCACAACAGACAAUCUGAGCCUUCCAGUAGCCGCCAGACGCGUUCUGGGCGGUGCUGGGGCAGUGGUUGGGCGAGCGGGAGUGCAGGAAGGCCGUGGGCACUGGGCCGUGUCGCGGCCUGUAAGCACCGGAGUCGCAGCAGGAGGCUUGCUCACUUGGGACUUUGAAUAUGUCGGGGAUUGCCCUCAGCCGACUUGCCCAGGAAAGGAAAGCUUGGAGGAAGGACCACCCUUUUGGCUUUGUGGCUGUCCCAACAAAGAACCCUGAUGGCACGAUGAACCUGAUGAAUUGGGAGUGCGCUAUCCCUGGAAAGAAGGGGACGCCAUGGGAAGGAGGCUUGUUCAAACUGCGGAUGCUUUUCAAAGAUGACUAUCCGUCCUCACCACCAAAAUGUAAAUUUGAGCCGCCACUGUUUCACCCAAACGUGUAUCCUUCUGGCACAGUGUGCCUGUCCAUCCUGGAGGAAGACAAGGACUGGAGGCCAGCUAUCACGAUCAAACAGAUCUUAUUAGGAAUACAAGAACUUCUAAAUGAACCAAAUAUUCAAGACCCAGCUCAAGCAGAGGCCUACACAAUUUACUGCCAAAACAGAGUGGAAUAUGAAAAAAGGGUUCGAGCACAAGCGAAGAAGUUUGCCCCCUCGUAAGCAGCGGCCCUGUGACUCCAGGACGAGGAAGGGAUUGGCUUGGCAAGAACUUGUUUACAACCUUUUGCAGAUCUAAGUCGCUGCGUACAGUUACUAGUCGCCUGGGAGGGUUGAGCGGGCGCCAUUUUCCAUUUCCGCCACUGGCAUAUACAGUCUCAAUUCGCUGAAUUGCCCCAGUUUUUCAUACAGGGUCUCUUCCUUCAGUCUUUUGUAUUUUUGAUUGUUAUGUAAAACUUGCUUUUAUUUUAAUAUUGAUGUCAGUAUUUCAACUGCUGUAAAAUGAUAAACUUUUGUACUUGGUAAGCCCCUAGGAGCUAGUUUCUUCGCGCUCGGAUGCAGGCAUGCUUCCCACUGUUCAGAGCUCUGGCCUCCAGCUGGCUGUAUGACAGAACCACACUGCCCCUCCCCCCUACCCUCGUCCUCCUCAGAAACCUGGGCUGUUGCUUAUGAGCCUCAGAUCCAAAGUUGGCCAGCGUCUCCAUUCUGCACCACUUCCUUUGUGUUUAUAUGGCGUUUUGUCUGUGUUGCUGUUUAGAGUAAAUAAACUGUUUAUAUAAAGGUUUUUGUUGCAUUAUCAUCAUUAAAAUGUGAGGAGGUACUUCAGUAUGUCUGGCCUCCUUAUAUGGCUGCAGCCCUUGCCAGGCACCGAGGCUGAGCCCCAGGACCAGCACCUAGGAGUUCUUACAGCUUCUGCUAGAGUUGUGCCAGGCCCCAUGCAGCUCCAUCUUCAUCUGGCUCUUUGUAAAUAGGACUGUGUACAGAGGUGUGUCCUGUUCUCCCCACCUGGGUCUUUGGGCGGCAUGAGACCCUCAAGAAGUCGGAAUCUGCAUCGGCCUUCAUAAACCCAGCAGGGUGAAAGACUGGCUGAUCCAGACCAAGUGAGGGCCAAGGACACAGUGGCCUGUCUUGAUCUCCCUGCCUGCCAGUUGUACUAUGGGCCCCACUGGGCCCUGAUAGCUGGCUUCAGGCCUUUUGAUGCCCUGCCCUUGCACCCUGGAGGAGGCAGCCCUGCCACCGGCCCUGGCAAACAGCAGGUCCUUGCCUAGAGCACCUGAGCACACAGCUCCUGCACCUCCUGGCCUGCAUUCAAUCCCACCCUACAACCCAAAGGACCAGCAUGGGCAUGGCCUCGGCCCAGGAUGACCUCGGGUACCACUGUCCACAUACUCUGCUGGACCUGGUCUGGGGUGAAGCCGCUACCUAGCAGUAGGCUGUAGCCCAUGCCUGGGCCGGGCUGGGUCUGUGAUCUUGGGGCUCACAGUGCACAAGGAGGUGCAGUGGACAUAGCCGGUGAUCACGGGCUCCAUCAGACUUGUUCCUGAGACCCCCUGGAAGACCCUUGGCAUGGGAAUCAGUCACCAGUGGCUCAAGUUCAGGGACCAAGCAAGGGAGGGCUGGGCCCAUGCCCAGGUCUGCAGCAGGAGUCUUCACUCUGAAAUUGGAGGGAUUUGUGUUCCCACAGCUGGUGGCACCUGUAUGGACUGGGUAUGUUUAGCCACAAAUCCAGUCCGGAGCUGAGCUGGAUGGACAGUUGCAGUUGGCUCGGGGCCUCACCUGGGGAGUUCAGGCUGGUGUGUGUGUGUAGCCUGCUCUCAGAAUGUCUUAUUUUGUAACAACUGACUACAUUUAGUAAUAGGUUCACAUGUAUAUGGUUAAUAUAUGGAAAUUCAAUAUAUUUUAUAGUUAAAAGUAUUCUAAAGUAACUGAUGUUUCUAGCAAACUGUAGUGACUCCAGCUAUGAAAUGUUCCUUUUGUACCACGGUCCUUGGCUUACCAGAGAUGUGAAUCUUGUAACAUGAGAACUUGGUCUGUGACCAUCCUGUGUUCAGAUGGUGGGGAGGAGGGUGUCCCAGCAUGAGGCCUCAUUGGUAAGGAAUUGUGGGCCACAGAUUAACCACUGUAUCUACAAAUCCUCUAAUUAAAACAUUUCCACAAACUGCA